AUGGCCAUCGACGUUCCCGGCCAAGUUUCAACGUCUCUCGCUUCUUCAGUCACUCUCGUGUCUCCGGCCUCUCCUAAAGUAGGCGCUGUGCUUGAAGCUAAUUUCGAGGAACUCCUCGAAGACCCAAGAGUGUCUGCCUCCACCGUGGUGGAAUACAUCUCAUCUCGCGCAAAAACGACUUCCUCAGUUUAUAUCUAUGAUCUAGCGGAACAAGUUGGGUUCGGAACGCUCACAAAGAUCUGGUCCAAAGCACAAGAUGGAACCGCCCCAGUGGUAGAUCUACAGACCAGAGCUGGUGCAGGAUUGAGUCUCGUUGGCAGGCUGUCAGAAGGAACUAGCUCCGAUACCGCCAAUGGAGCUGUUUUGACUGCUUUCACGUCGCCGCAGGGGCUUUCUCUGAUGGCUCCUGCGCUUUCGUAUCUACCUCCCGCAACAGCCUCAAGUAGGCUUGUGAUUCAGGUUCCUAACAUCACCCCUGCUGGUGAGACUUAUGCACUGUCUCCUACUCUGGCAAAUUUUGCCACUGUCCUUCCGAUUCUCCCAGAAAAUAUCGUGGUCUUAGCUUCUGCUACUUCUCAGGAAACAGUGCACUUCACUCAGUUAUCGUACCAGCUUUCUGCUUCUCAUGUCAUUCACAUCUUCGACCACUUUAGCUCGUCUCGCGAAGUAGGCCAUGUUACUCUUCCGCUUCCCGAAAAGGACUACGGAAAUAUAUCUGUCGCCGAAGCUAUUCAGCGAGCAGGGUAUUCAUCUUUUGACUACGUCGGUGACGCUGAGGCGCACACAGUAGUACUGGCGCUGAAUGGGCCAUUAGCUGUGGCAGCCAAGGCCAUUGCCAACAAAAGUCGCCACGGUUUUGCUGCUGUAUCAGUCAAUGUCCUUAGGCCUUGGGAUGAAGCUGCCCUUCGCUCCGUGUUACCAGUCACCGUAAAGACAGUCCAUGUUCUCGAUGAUGUUCCGAAUGCAACUACGAAGGGACCUCUUUAUAUCGAUGUUUUCAGUACUCUGCUGGACUCGAUCAACCCACCCACUGUCCACUCUCACCGUAUCACACCUUCGCAGACCCAGGUGUAUAUUUCUCAAAAGGACUCGUUCAAGGAGUUUUUGGCCACGCUUGUUCCCGAGUUGGAGGAUCCGGUACCUGCUAUAAUGAAGAAAUUGAUGUUUUUCACCACACCUAGCACGACGCUCUCGAACCUCCCCCUACUUGUCGAAGGCGCUCUUUCCACGAGCCGGACUCUCUCCUCGCGUCUCUCUAUAGACCACGACGUCUUUUCCAAGCGCGGAGGGAUUACUGCCAGUCGCAUUCUCUUGGCUCCUCGGAGUGCAUUGGACUCUGAGGAUUUUCCCAUCCCCUUGGUCCUGCCAUAUGAUGCCCAGACUAGUGGAGAAGUUGAUUUCCUUGCUAUAAUGGAUCAGACGAUCCUGAAGACACAUUCAGUUCUCAAGUAUGCCAAACCCCGUUCCACAAUUUUGAUUGUAACUACAUGGACAGCAGAAGAGUUAUUCUCUAAUCUCCCGGUCCAGGCUACCAGGCUUAUUGUAGAGAGGGAACUUCGUCCCUUCAUAAUCAAUGUCACCGACGUCGCGGAGAAGUUGACGAGCGCUAUUGGUCAAGUUCAGGAUGUCAUCUCAAAUAUCGUUGCUUAUUUGGCUUUUAUGAGGAUGUACUUGGGCGCAGCCGCUACGGAGGAGAACGUACUUACGUUGGCAAUCGGAUCCUACGGUGAGACUGUGGAAGGUGUAGAGUUAACGGAACUCAAUUCGCAGACUUGGGACGCACUGGAAGAGGUGCUCUUUAUUGAAGCACCUGCGGAAGAGAAACCUGUUGAACUCAAGGAAUUUGAAUUCAACGCGAUUGCAGUGGAAACCGAUGAAGGUGAUACCGUAGUCAACGGAGCUCGUUUGGGCUCAUGGCACGAUGCGGCCAAACAUUUGCUCUUCCCAACCAUCUUCGCUCCUCCCACAGUGUCCACAGACGAAGAGUUCCCACAGCACCCUUCGCUGCGUCCUGAACUUCCUGAGCGUACUUUCCUUGUCACCUGCACUGUCAACCGUCGUUUAACUCCAACGGAGUACAAUCGAAAUGUCUUUCACCUCGAAUUCAACACCAGCGGUACAGGACUCAAGUAUGCUAUUGGGGAGGCGCUGGGUGUUCAUGGAUGGAACGACAAUCAGGAAGUAACAGAUUUCUGUGAAUGGUAUGGCGUCGAUCCGAAUCGAUUAAUCACAAUCCCCGUUCCCGGAAGCGAGGACAAGCAUCAUACUCGGACCGUCUUUCAAGCCUUACAACAACAGAUCGAUCUAUUCGGACGUCCUCCAAAAUCCUUCUACACCGAUCUCGCAGCAUAUGCGACUUCACAAGCGGACAAAUAUUCCCUGCAGUUCAUAGGCUCGGCUGAAGGAAGUUCGACGUUUAAGAAGCUGAGCGAAAAAGAUACAGUGACGUUCGCGGACGUGUUGAAGUUGUACUCGAGCGCUCGGCCUGGUAUUGAGGUGCUUUGUGAACUUGUAGGGGACAUCAAGCCUAGGCAUUACUCAAUUGCUAGUGCACAAAGUGUGGUCGGCGAUCGGGUGGAUUUGUUGGUCGUUACUGUUGAUUGGGUGACUCCAAGUGGCUCACCGAGAUACGGACAGUGCACGCGAUACCUCGCAGGCCUUCAAAUUGGACAGAAAGUAACUGUGUCCAUCAAGCCUAGUGUCAUGAAGCUCCCUCCAAAUGACACUCAGCCACUAAUUAUGGCUGGUCUGGGUACCGGAGCAGCUCCAUUCCGUGCAUUCUUGCAACACAAAGCGCUUCUUCAAUCUCAAGGCAAGGCGAUCGGUCCAGUGUAUUAUUACUUUGGAUCUCGACACCAAUCCCAAGAAUACCUUUACGGAGAGGAGAUCGAGGCAUUCAUUCUUGACGGCAUCAUUACUCGUGCUGGACUAGCUUUCUCUCGCGAUGGACCUCCUGGCCUGAAAAAGGUGUACAUCCAACAUAAGAUGCUGGAAGAUGCGCAAGAUUUAGCGAGGAUGUUAAAACACGAUCAAGGCGUAUUCUAUCUGUGUGGGCCAACGUGGCCUGUUCCGGACAUGUAUGAGGCGUUGUGUGGGGCAUUGGAGAAAUAUCAAGGAAUGUCUAAGGACCAAGCAGGAGAGUAUCUAGAGGGUUUGAAGGAGGAGGAGCGGUACGUCCUUGAAGUUUACUAG